AUGGCCGCAUGGUCUUCUAGAAAGUUACUCAGAGAUUUUCUUCUCAAAAGAGUUGUUUCGAACCAGCUUCCCGGCGUCAGAUGUUUUUCUUCUGCGCCUCAAAGUGCUCCCAAGAUCGGGCACUAUUCCAAAAAAGGAAGGUUAUUGACCGGAGCUACCAUAGGUUUACUUAUAGCUGGUGGAGCUUAUGUGAGUACUGUGGAUGAAGCUACUUUCUGUGGAUGGUUAUUCUCGGCAACAAAACUUGUGAAUCCUUUUUUCGCUUUGUUGGAUCCUGAGUUUGCACACAACUUGGGUGUCUCUGCUGCAGCUCGUGGUUGGAUCCCAAGGGAGAAGAGGCCUGACCCAACAAUCUUAGGGCUAGAAGUUUGGGGAAGAAAAUUCUCCAACCCAGUAGGCCUUGCUGCAGGUUUUGAUAAAAACGCUGCGGCUGUAGAUGGUUUGCUUGCUUUGGGCUUUGGCUUUGUGGAGGUAGGCUCUGUUACUCCUGUUCCCCAGGAUGGCAAUCCUAAACCUCGUAUCUUUAGGUUGCGAGACGAAGGUGCUGUAAUAAAUAGAUGUGGCUUUAACAGUGAGGGAAUUGUUGCUGUUGCGAAGAGGCUGGGCGCUCAGCAUGGUAAGAGGAAGCUAGAUGAGACUUCAAGCUCUUCACCUUCUUCCAACAACGAAGUCAAACAAGGUGGAAAAGCUGGCCCUGGCAUCCUUGGUGUCAAUCUUGGAAAGAACAAGACAAGUGAAGAUGCUGCAGCAGAUUAUGUUCAAGGAGUUCAUACAUUGUCUCAAUAUGCUGAUUACUUGGUGAUUAAUGUUUCAUCGCCCAAUACCCCUGGUUUGCGCAUGCUUCAAGGAAGAAAGCAACUAAAGGAUCUUGUUAAGAAGGUUCAGGCUGCUCGUGAUGAAAUGCAGUGGGGUGAGGAGGGCCCACCUCCAUUGCUGGUAAAAAUUGCGCCAGAUUUGUCAAAUGAAGACCUUGAAGAUAUUGCGGCAGUUGCCUUGGCACUUCACUUGGAUGGACUGAUUAUAUCAAACACAACUAUUUCAAGACCAGAUCCCGUCAAUAAAAAUCCAUUGGCUUCAGAAACUGGUGGUUUGAGUGGGAAGCCUCUGUUCAAUCUCUCUACCAACAUCUUGAAGGAGAUGUAUAUCUUGACAAGGGGCAGAAUUCCUUUGAUUGGCUGCGGCGGUAUUAGCAGUGGGGAAGAUGCAUAUAAGAAAAUUCGAGCUGGGGCAACUCUAGUUCAGCUCUAUACCGCAUUUGCGUAUGGGGGACCUGCACUUAUUCCUGAGAUAAAGGCUGAAUUAGCUGCGUGCCUGGAAAGGGAUGGUUUCAAAUCCAUUGUUGAUGCAGUUGGUGCAGAUUGUAGAUGA